CCCGCCCUACAUCUACCUCCUGGCAACAAAUCCACCUCCGCACAAAAAGAAAAAAGUGCUUUACCUCUCUCAAACAUCCUCUGCGCGCCUUUACACAAGGUUCGCCCAUUAUAAUCAAACGCGCACUCAUCUCUAUGGAAUUCGUGGUCAACAGACAAUCAAAGACCGUCUUCUCCCAGCCAGUCAAGUUCGCCAUCCAGAUCCAAGCCGGUCCGACGGAUAGUUUCAGUGCCAGGGAUUAA